CUGAUCUCCCAGCAACCCAGAGGCGCAUCCCCAUCCUCAUCACUGCCCACGCACUAAUGCUCCCUCCCGCAAAGGGCGACAAGGCCCUGCGUGGGACAAUGCUCUUGAUACAUCGGAAGCGUGCCGACAAAGUGGAACGAACCUGACGCGGCGUGCAUGCGAGAGGACUUCGCCGGCUGCUGUAGGAAGAGGCUGUUCCGAGCGGUGGGCUGAACAUUGGGCAGCUCCAGGAACCAGGAGUGGAGGCCCGAUCGCGGCCUGGCUCUUGCGCGCGCAAGAGAGGAGAAAGGGAGAACAUGCAGAGUACGCUGUUUGGGAAUGAGGGUACGUGUCUAGAGCAUUACACAACGUCAUAAACACAUCUUCUCGGAGGUUCGCGCAGAUUUCUCGUAUCAGCGGUGCGUGCCCUUGGCGACGCCUCUGGUGGCGAUCCAACAACUCUGCGCGGACCGUUGUGUCUAUGGAGUUUUUCUUCGUCUAUGCAAGAGAUGCGGGAGAAGAGAGGAGGUAAGUGAAGAUGCGCGCAGCUUGAGGAUGAGAGUACGUCUUGGCCCUCUCCAGAAUUGCCAUCAGGACGAGCAAAGAGCUUCCUGGGCGGCGCUCCUCAACUCGAUGAACCCGAAACAUGAUGAUAGCCAGUCGGCAGCUCUGGCACCUCCGAUGCGUGGAACAGGCAUCGGCUACCCCAUGGCAGGACCGACAUCUGCGGCCGUCUCCGGUACUGCAGUGAGAGCGGAUGCCAGUUUUCAGUAUCAAGUGUCUUGUCGAUCUUCCUGCAACUUUAAAGCAAUAGUGAUCUUUGUGCCUUUGUCUCUGGAGCUGCGGAGGCUCCGCAGUCUCGCCGAGCCUUUUCAAGAUUGCCCCUCGCUCAGGAGCGCAGUCGACUGCCUGCGUCCCUAGUAAGCAACUGGCAAAAACAUCGCGUCGUGGCUUGGUCGCAGCCAGAAGAAAGUGGGGGUAGCCCUGGCAGCACCCGAACGGUCAGGCCCGUCGCCUGGGCCUCGGGCGCGCGCUCGGCGCGCGCGGCUGUUGGCGCUCCUUGUGUGCCACGCCUGAAUUUAGGCUUGCGCGCCCCGUUGGUGGAAGGGCGUGGCCCUGAUCUGCAACGGCUUGCGUUUAGCAGUGGCGAAGCGUCCUGGCCUUCUUUUAGCCCCACCGAAGAAUGUUCUAAAAAUUGUGUGUGGCUUGCACGAAGUAGUCUUAGA